AUGAAAAUCGAACUUCUUGCAAUCGAAGAAAGAUAUGCAAUUGUAUCUUUUGAAGAAGUUUGUAUCAACCCAUGUAUUUCACUAGAAACUGAAGCAUCAUCAUCUUCAUUUUGGAUUAUGUAUUCCUCAGUGAUUCCUGCAAGUCCACUGUUGUCAGAGUCCCAAUUAUUUUCUAACUUCAAUUCUUCAACAGCUUCACAUUUUAUCCAAGGGUUUUUGGGCACUCACCUAUCCGAAACUGUGUCUGCAACACCUGUACUAGAGCAUAGGCUGUACUCAUCUUUAAUAAAUUUCUGCAACAUCCUCUAUCUCCCUUUUAACAUGUUCAUCGCUCAUUGGGACGAUUUCAAAUUCUUUACCGUCCAGAAAGACGCUCAUAACGGGAAGAACCUUCCUCAACCGCAGCAAGCGUUUACACCAAAAUCCAGUAAACAAAAACUAUCUGACAUUGGAUAA